AUGGUUCAUCGCGUGCACGCUAUCCCAGCACCCCUUAAGCCUCUUCAAGGUUUCAUUCGCCUUUCACGUCUCUCCCCCUCCGCGCACUUAUUCAUGUCCUCCUUGAACUGUUUUAAACCCUCACCUGUUGGAACCCUGUCUCACAAGGCGAUUGAAGGUAGCGCACGAGUUGUUGAGAAAUCGGACUCAGAUGGUGAGGAUUAUGAUGCACCCACUGUGCGUGAUCACGUCUCCUGUACCGAUGACGGCUGUUCGCUGCAGAGUAGAGGCCGUUUUCAAAGCCUUCGAUGUGAAUCUCCACGUCCGGAGUCUAAUGUCCUUGUCCGAACCCUCAAAACAGCCUCCCUUUCGGCGCGUAAUCGGUCAAAGUUAAAAGAGCUGGGCGUUUCAAAUCCCUCCCCAAUGCUUAUUUGUGUGAAGGGCCACUCUCGUAAAGGUGAUACACCAGACUCCAAGCGAAAAGCAAAGAUGAAACAUACAGAGGUCAAGUAUGACAGCUAUGAUAGUGUUGACCUACAACCACAGGCGGGGAAUGCUAACAGUAACCUUAGUUGCCUUGUCAGGAGUCACUCAGACUCAACUUGCUUAACUGUCAAGGCGAGUAAACCCCCAGAUGAAAUUGUCGCGGAUUCAACGAGUCAACUACCUUCGAACUCUCAGCUAAAUGUUUUGGUCACUGCUGCAGAAGUACAGAAUGGGGAUGGAUCUAAUUCCAGUGCCCCAAGAAGCACAAUCUACUCUCCUAUCUAUCCCAAUCCGCCUACUCCCAGUUUUGGAUAUAUGCCAUCAAGUCCCUACAUGACCUAUGAUGGCUACCUUGGCUCACCACAAAUGGGUGGAUUUAUGGGCGUCAUGACACCUCCCACUUACGGCACAUCAAGCAUGAGUCUGGGCGAUGCGAAUCUUCACGGCCUUAUCUACCCAUCUCCACAGAUGAGCCCUUACUCACUCCUCUUUCAGUGUCCACAUCCCUACACGGAUCCAUUCCAUCAAAGACCUUGUUCAGUGGAAAGUUGUAAUGUCAACGACGAUUUUGACACUUGCCUUCAUUUGGUCAAGCUGUCCAACUGCAUGCCACCGGUACUUCCCCUCUCCCUCUGGGGUCCCUCCGUCUUCGCCUUUCCCCCCUUCCCCGUGGCUGGAGGACCACUUCCGCAUGCAUCAGGGCCUCGGCAGGGUCUCGACAACUCCUAUCAUCCAGCCCACAUUGCCGCCUCCCCCAUGCCCCCCGUGAUCUACACCUCCAACUAUCCCCGACAGAAUCACUCUGUAUCCUACCAGGCACCAUUGUCUUCUGAAGAUCGGGCUCCGGCGGCUCCAAUUCCAGCUCGACGGCAGUUUAGCAAUCAACACUACCAUCUACCUCCUAAUCCGCCUCUUCAAAGGCUUCGUUCCCCACCGCCACCAUUACAACAUCAACAACAACCGUUACCACCGUUACCAGCACAUCAGUCUCAAACCCAUACCAAUGUCCAAAUGCCUUCCAGUAGAGGUACUGCUUUCAAGAAGGUGAACAGUUCCGCUGCACCUCCUCCCUAUGACUCACUCAGAACUGUUAUCGGUGAUCCAGCCAAUCAGCACAAAUUGGUGCUGAUCGGUGUCAUCUGGCACGAGAAUUGGUGCCUAACCGAUAUUGGAAGCACCAUGAUUUGA